AUGAAGCUUCGUCUUGAAUUGGCGGCUGCCGUGGCCGCACUUGUGGAAUGUUGCUCGGCAUGGCCCUCAGACCAACCCUUUCGGCAGAUUGCCAUCAUCGGAGCCGGAGCCGCCGGGUCAUCAGCUGCGUAUUUCCUCCGAAAUUAUACCACGCACGCUGGAUUCCAUGUGAAUAUCACGUUGUUUGAAAAGACGGACCGCAUCGGCGGCCGGACGCUCACCGUCAACCCGUUCAAUGACCUAGCGCAGCUGUUCGAACUGGGCGCCAGCAUCUUUGUGCCGGUAAACCACAUCCUCAACGACUCCGUCACAGAGUUCAAUCUCUCUACGCGAGCAGCGGAGACCGACUCGUCUUCGAUCAUUGGUAUCUGGGACGGCGACCGCUUCGUCUUCACCCUGGACCGCAGUCAGCCAUCCUGGUGGAAAGGCCUCAAGGUCGCCUUGAGGUACGGCUUGACAAGCCCAUGGAGGGCCGAGCAGUUUACGGCCGCCACUAUUGCCAAGUUCCUCCGGAUCUAUGACGCGCCCUUCUUCCCCUUUCCAUCCUUGACCCAGCGGGCACAGGAUCUCGGGCUCGAUGCGUUCACAGGCGUCACUGGAGAACAGGUGUUGAAGGAGAACAAGAUCGGUGCACUCUAUGCCCACGACGUCGUGCAAGCUAGCACCCGGGUCAACUAUGCCUCGAACAUCGCUGUUCUACAUGGGCUGCAUACCCUGGUUUCCCUUGCUGCUAACGGUGCAAUCGGUGUCCGGGGCGGUAACUGGCAGAUCUUCAGCGAGAUGGCCCGGAGGUCGAGUGCGUUCCUGGCUCUGAAUACAACCGUCGUUGCAAUUGAUAAAGGCGAGGAUGCUGCCUCCGACCGACCGCGGUACACAUUACAAACCACUUCUGGCAUUGCACCAGACGACACAACCACGUAUCCCGUGGCCUUCGACAAUGUCAUUAUCGCCACCCCCUAUCAAUUCAGCGGGAUGUCUGCAGGACUUGGUGUACUCGACUCCCCUAUCGAAGCGGUACCUUAUGUGGAGCUGCAUGUCACCAUCUUCACAUCGCCAUCCUGGUUCAGCCCUCGGUUCUUCGGCUUAAGGAGUUCGCAGAAGCCACCAGGCCUUGUCUUGACCACUCUCGCGAGCACCGAUACUCCAGACUCCGGGGUCGCCGGUGCUGGCAAAGCUGGAUUCUUCAGUUUGAGUAACAUUGGCAAGGCGAUUAACCCCAAGACCCUGCGGGAGGAGAAUGUCUACAAAGUCUUCUCACCCGAAGCACUUACUCCCGAUUUCCUGAGUCGCCUGCUGGGAAGCACCGUACCGGAGACCUUCACCGGCGAGGCAAGCCCAAUCACGUGGUACCAUGCCCAUGUUUUUCACUCCUACCCAAAGGCCUACCCUCGAGUGAAGUUCCAGGACCCCGUCGUCGGCCAGGGGGUCUACUACACAGCGGGCAUGGAGAGUUUCAUCUCAACCAUGGAGACGAACGCGCUAAUGGGGAAGAACGUUGCACGGCUGAUUGUUGAUGACAUGCUGAUCACCAGGUCCAGCAGCGGGCUGGAAAGGGGUGGAGACGGUGUUGCUUGGGAGGACAAGCAGCGAAUCCUGAACUAG